GGGAGAGUACACACAAUCGUCGCGCUAGCAGCUAAGGUUAGAUUCUGCAGAAUUUGUAUUUAUAUGAGUAUUUGCAAUACAGUAUGUCUACAAAGAAGUGUAGUGUGCCAGGAUGUAUUAAUUCGACAUCAGCACGUCAUAGAUUUCCAAAAAAUGAUUUGGAGAGAAUGAGAAUUUGGAUUAAGAGAGUGGCCAACCCUUGUUUUGAAAAGAUGGAAUCUCAGGACAUUUACAGAUCUUAUAGAAUCUGUGGAAAGCACUUUUCUGAUGAAUGCUAUAGUCCUGGGAAGGUUCAACUUAACACUAGUGCUUUACCAACAUUAUAUCUUCCUGAAUAUGUAGGGGAUAAUUCCUGUAGCAAACCAAUGAGCUUUGACAGGCUGGAAAAAACAUUUACUGAAAUUGAGACAAAGGAUUUUGACAACUACGAGGGACCAAAAGAGAAAAAAAUAAAACUGCAUGAGCACAUACAGACCUCCAUUAGUAUAUCUAAUAAACUAAAUCAUUCAAAGAACGAAGCACCAUUGCUUUCUCAAGAGCACCAACAAUUGAAAUAUGGUGAUACAAUUGUAUGUAACUACUUUGAGCAACAUGAAAAUUCAAAUUCAGGUUCUUCUGCCCAAGAAUCCAAUGAAGAGGAUACAAAACUUAAAGAACUGUCAGCUAUCACAAAAGAUGACUUCAAUUCGUAUUGUGGUAGCAAGUCAAGUAUACAAAAAUCAAUAUCCAACUUCGAUAUUGUAACACAAUAUGAACACGAACCAACUUAUAUUAUACUGUGUAGUAAAACUGAAACUUUUUCACCAACUCUCAACAAACUAUCACCACAUAAAAAGAGUGAAUCAAACAGUGAAAACAGUUUCAUUGACAUUCCUGAAAAAUUCUUUCUUAAGUUACGUAAAGAAAGUCAAGAAAGUUUGGACGAACGUUUUGUAGAAGAUAUAAUGGAAGCCUCAGAAUUGGCUUGUAGUAGAAAAAGUAGAGAAAUCAAUUUUCACAUGAAUAAUACAAGAGACGAGGAUUAUUUGAAAGAUUCAAAAGACCCAAAAAUGGAUGCUAAAUUACGAGAAUUCAUUUUAAACUCUAUAUUAGAUUCGCGAAGCAGCAACAUGAAAAAAUGUAGUGUUCCCGGCUGUUCAGAUACUACAUCUAUGAGGCAUAGAUUUCCAAAAAAUGAUGAAGAUCGUAUGACACUGUGGUUGCAAAAGAUUUCGAAUCCUGCUUUACAAAGUUUAUCGCUGGAAAAGAUUUAUAAUUCGCAUCGUGUAUGCAGAAGCCAUUUUGCGGAUAAUUGUUUUAGUCCCGGAAGGAAGAGACUCAACGGUUCCGCUGUUCCUACUCUAAAUCUUCCACUAUAACAAUAUUUUUACUCAAAGAACAUACAUGUAUUCCGCGAUGUACUUAUUACUUUUUUUUUUAAUAUUUGUCAUCUUGUAUAUACUUCGAUAUUCAUAGAACGUAAACUUCGAAAUUAUUUAUUUGAUAAUUACCUCGUAUUAAAAUUAUUGAAAUACUAAACAUAAUUUUGUAGUUAAAUAAAAAAAAAUUUGUAUACUCA